GCAGCGAGGCCCAGCGCAGGCAGGCUAGGCCGCAGCCACCAUGCCGCCCAAAAAGAAAGCAGGGAAGAAAGGAAAGCCAGGAAAGACCCCAUCAGUUAUCGACGGACUCUCGCCAGAUGAGAUGAACAAAGAGCAGCUGGAGGAACACAUGGGGCGCCUUAGGGAAGAGCUGGACCGGGAACGGGAGGAACGCAACUAUUUCCAGCUGGAACGGGACAAGAUCCACACCUUCUGGGAGAUCACACGCCGACAGCUGGAGGAGAAGAAGGCGGAAUUGCGUAAUAAGGACCGUGAGAUGGAAGAGGCAGAGGACAGGCAUCAAGUAGAGAUAAAAGUUUACAAACAGAAAGUGAAGCAUCUGCUGUAUGAGCAUCAGAACAACCUGACAGAGCUGAAAGCUGAAGGCACAGUGGCCAUGAAACUGGCCCAGAAAGAUCACCGGACCCAGGAAAGCGAACUACGUAAGGACAUGCGCACUUUGAAGGUGGAAUUAAAGGAGCAGGAGCUGGCUAAUGAGGUGGUGGUGAAAAACCUUCGACUGAAACAUGAUGAGGAGACUACUCGGAUGCGGAACGACUUCGAGAGACAAGUGAGAGAGAUCGAGGCCAAGUACGAUAAGAAGAUGAAAAUGUUGCGGGAUGAGCUGGAGCUAAGAAGGAAGACAGAGAUCCAUGAGGUCGAGGAGAGGAAGAAUGGCCAGAUCAAUACCCUGAUGAAAAACCAUGAGAAAGCUUUCAGUGACAUCAAGAACUACUACAAUGACAUCACGCUUAACAACUUAGCACUCAUUAAUUCUCUCAAGGAGCAAAUGGAAGAGAUGAAGAAGAAGGAGGAUCACCUGGAGAAAGAGAUGGCAGAAGUGAUGCUACAGAAUAAGCGACUGACAGAGCCCCUUCAGCGGGCCCGGGAAGAACUUACUGAGUUGCAAAAGAGGUUAGCCAACUAUGAGAAAGACAAGGCAUCUUUGGCUAGUACAAAAGCCUGUUUGAAAGUCACUGAGAGAGAACUGAAAGACUUGCAAUGGGAACACGAAGUACUGGAACAACGGUUCAUCAAGGUUCAGGUAGAGCGAGAUGAGCUAUACAGUAAAUUCACCAAAGCCAUUCAAGAAGUGCAGCAGAAGACCGGCUUCAAGAACCUGAUCCUGGAGCGCAAACUACACGCCCUCUCAAAUGUGCUGGAGAAGAAGGAAGUGCAGCUCAGUGAGGUCCUCUCCGCCUCCAACUUGGAUCCGAGUGCCCUCUCCAUAGUCACCCACAAACUAGAGGAUGUUCUGGAUUCCAAAAACAACGCCAUCAAGGACCUUCAGUAUGAACUGGCUCGGGUCUGCAAGGCUCACAAUGACUUGCUGCGAACCUACGAAGCCAAGCUCCUUGCUUUUGGAAUCCCCCUAGACAACAUGGGAUUCAAGCCCCUGGAGACCACAGUGAGCGGGCAGACGCUGGGGCAGGGCCCCGCGGGACUCGUCACCAUUCCCACAUGACCCCUCCGCCACCAGCCGAAGCCUGCUGCUGAUGCCGUAGUGUGGCCCGGGGAAUAGGAGGCUAGACUGGAGCGCUGAUCAUGGUGGUACAUCGCUGUCCCUCUUUGCAGACCUAAAGAUGCUGAUUUUUUUUUUUU